CGUCACAGAAGAGCAAGAAAACGCGAUCACGUGUUGCCGACUUAACACAUUUGUCAUGCUUUACUUUGAUCACAUAAUUAAACCAUUUUCGUGAGUCGCUCCAGCUCCAGCAGGACAAGCGAGGAAACGCGGUUAUCUUGUUAGAAACCGCAGCUCCACACUCCGGUCCGGUAGGGGGCGGUGCAACACUUCUUAUACCUGCUAACUGCUAAUAAACCACAGAAGAAGAGUGGACUUCCUGGUCAGACUGCAGUUUCGGGUGUUUUCCUUCGGCAGGAGUUUCGGUACAUCUCUGGUUCUGGUUCUGGUUCUGGUGUUGGUCGGCGGGGAUUCGCACACGUGAGCUGACGUCCCGGCGAGGACCUGCUGCUUCCCCCAGAACAUGUCCGCCUCCGCUGGAUGCUCUCCGUCCGGACACAGCCUAGGCCUGGGCCCGGCUGUGUCCAUGUUCCGGUGGCUGGAGGUUCUGGAGAAAGAGUUUGAUAAGGCCUUUGUGGACGUGGACCUGCUGCUCGGAGAAAUCGACCCGGAUCAAGUGGACAUCACGUACGAGGGCCGGCAGAAGAUGACCAGUCUGAGCUCCUGUUUCGCCCAGCUGUGCCACAAGACCCAGACGGUGUUCCAGCUCAACCAUAAACUGGAGGCCCAACUGGUGGACCUGCGUUCUGAGCUGACUGAGGCUAAAGCUGAACGGACCGUAGUGGAGAAGGAGGUCCAUGACCUGCUCCUGCAGCUUCAUGCUCUUCAGUUGCAGCUUCGUGUCAAACAAGGACAAGCUGAGGACUCGGACACCAUCAAAGAAAGACUGCUGGUGCCAACAAUGGAAGAGAUGGAGCAGGAGCUGGAGUCCAGUAAGAAGGACAAAAUAACCGAGGCCCGGCUGGAGGCAGAGAGCCGCCUGUAUAAGAAAGAGAAUGAAGCGCUUCGCAGACACAUCGCCGUUCUCCAGGCUGAGGUGUAUGGCGCCAGACUGGCUGCUAAGUACUUGGACAAGGAGCUGGCUGGCAGGGUGCAGCAGAUCCAGUUACUUGGUCGUGACAUGAAGGGGCCAGCUCACGACAAGCUUUGGAAUCAGCUGGAGGCAGAAAUUCAUCUUCAUCGCCAUAAAACUGUGAUCCGAGCAUGCAGAGGUCGCAGCGACCCAAAGAAACCUCUACCAUCUCCCGUGGGACACGAGCCUGACACUCUAAAGAAAACCCAGGGAGUGGGUCCAAUCAGGAAGGUGGUGUUGGUCAAAGAAGACCAUGAAGGCCUUGGAAUCUCCAUCACAGGUGGGAAGGAGCAUGGUGUUCCCAUUUUAAUCUCAGAGAUCCAUCCGGGUCAGCCUGCAGACAGAUGUGGAGGUCUCCAUGUGGGGGAUGCCAUCCUGGCUGUCAACAGUAUCAACCUACGCGACGCUAAACACAAAGAAGCUGUCACCAUCCUCUCCCAACAGCGAGGCCAGAUAGAGUUUGAGCUGGUGUACGUCGCUCCGGAGGUGGACAGCGACGACGAGAACGUGGAAUACGAGGAUGACAGCGGCCAUCGUUACAGACUCUACCUGGAUGAGCUGGAGGACGGUAGCAGUGCUGCAGCACCCAGCAGCAGCUCGGCGCCGCUUCAGGCUCUGGAGAAGAUGUCUCUGAGAAACGGUCCCGAGAACGGAACCAGGAUCUCAGCUCAGACCGGCUCAGAGGAGACCCCCCGAAGCCGUCGGACUCUGAAUGCUCGACCUAGCUGCCAAAGGCGAGUGAGGGGUGGGGACGACGUGUUCGGUGAGGGACGGAGACUGUUGCUGUGUUUCCACUCGCUCGUGCGUGGAUCACCAGGUGUGGCUCUGGCAUCGGUCCUGGUUGGAUGGAGGACGGCUCCGUGGCAGGAAGUGAACACUUUCCUUUUUUUGCUGAAGAGUCCUUUCAGGGACUUCCGGUGUCACACUUGGAAUGGUUUUGAUUUGCUUUACUUAGUUAGUCCCUGUUCAUGUCAUGUGAAACCUUGUAGAAGAGAUGGAAGCUGCAGAAGACGGCUGAGAUUGUGAAGCGUCAGGUGGAAAACCUUUACCGUGCAAUAUUAGAGAAGUGUGUUUUGUUUUUCCUUCUGUUCUUGCUCGUAGACCUCCGCUAUGCUAGCCCGCUUCUACCCUUAAAAUGGUAAAAGUCUCAAAUCAACACCAGCUUCUGCUUCCUUAAAUAUGCCUUACAACUUCUUUUCAGCUUCCCGUCUAAAACUGCAAUGAAGUCAACAACAGGAUGAUUCAUGAGGGCAUCAGAAACGGGCUUUCAUACCUGGGACACACCUUGUGUUCUUCUCAGUCACCGUCAGCAGGUGUUGCUAACAGCUGGACUUCUGCAGCUCUGAUCUAACGUCAGCGUUUCAGGUCUCGCUUGUUUUUAAUUGAUUUGAUGACUUGCUGACGUGAAACAGACCUGAUACUGUGUUGCUUUCUGACGCACGCACGCACACACACACACAUACACACACACACACACACACACGGCUCUCUAGGCCUUUACCUACAGUGUGUGUUGUGUUCCUGGUUUCAGCGCCCCCUCUGUGGUUUGGAUCACCACACCCAGGAUUCACCCCCAGUAACCUCCACACUCACUCAUUCAUCCCAACCUGUUGUUACACACUCAGACCUAGUUUGGUGUUUCAUGUUUUUCUUUUUAUUGGUUAGGGUCCAAAACAAUGAUCAACAUCUGUAGAAGUGAUGAAAAGUUUGUUUUUAACCAUGAAUAAAGCGUCUGUAGCUGGUC